CUUCUGACUGACGCCACGGGUUGGGUUUCUUCUCCCGCCCUCCAAGAUCCAAACGGAGAAUCGAAACUGCGCUGGGCUCCAUGCAGCAGGAGCCUGCAUCCGCCCGAUCUCCCGGCCUCCAGCAGGACCCUGUCCUGCCUCACACGCCCACAAUGCCUCCCCCGGACUCCCCCUCCGGAGGCCACCAGCCCAGCCACAGCCCGGCAGAGCAGUCCAUGGAAGAAGAGUUCCAGUUCCUGCACUGCCAGGGAUGCCAGGCACAAGCCAAGUGCCCCAAGCUGCUGCCUUGCUUGCAUACACUGUGCUCAGGAUGCUUGGAGGCGCCGGGCCUGCAGUGCCCUAUCUGCCAGGCACCCCAGCCCCAGGGCGCUGACUCUCCGGCCCUGGAUAACGUAUUCUUUGAGAGCUUGCAGCGGCGCCUGUCCAUGUACAGGCAGAUCCUGGAUGUGCAGGCGGCUUGCACCCGCUGCAGAGAGCCAGCUGACUUCUGGUGCUUCGAGUGUGAGCAGCUCCUCUGUGCCAAAUGCUUUGAGGCACAUCAGUGGUUCCUCAAGCACGAGGCUCGACCCCUGGCUGAGCUCCGCAGCCAGUCCGCUCGUGAGUUCCUGGAUGGCACGCGCAAGUCCAAUAACAUCUUCUGCUCCAACCCCAACCACCGCACCCCUGCGCUGACUAGCAUUUACUGCCGAGGCUGCUCCAAGCCACUGUGCUGCUCCUGCGCGCUCCUGGACAGAGACCACAGCGACCUCAAGUGCGACAUCAGUGCGGAGAUCCAGCAGCGGCAGGAGGAGUUGGACGCUAUGACACAGGCACUGCAGGAGCAGGACAGUACCUUCAGCGCCGCGCACGCACAGAUGCGCUCAGCCAUUGGCCAGCUGGGUCGCGCGCGCGCAGAUACAGAGGAGCUGAUCAGCACUCGAGUGCGCCAAGUGGUAGCCCACGUGCUGGCACAGGAGCGCGAGCUGCUGGAGGCAGUGAAUGAACGGUACCAGCGAGAUUACGAAGAGAUGGCCUGCCAGCUUGGUCGCCUGGAUGCUGUGCUGCAACGCAUCCGCACUGGCGGUGCACUGGUACAGAGGAUGAAGCGCUACGCCUCCGACCAGGAGGUUCUGGACAUGCACGACUUCGUGCACAAGGCACUCAGCCGCCUGCGCCAGGAGGAGCCCCAGAGCCCGCAAGCUACCCUGCGCACUGACUGCUUUGAGGAGUUCAAGGUGCGCGUACAGGACCUCAUCUCUUGCAUCACCCAUGGAACAGAUGCAGCUGUACCCAGGAGAGCCAGCCCAGAGACUUCUAGAACUCCCAAGGAGCCUUUUGAUGUUGACUUGCCGGACGAGGCAGAGAGGGUACAGGCCCAGGCCUUGGCUGAGGCACAAUCUGUGGCUGUGGUACAGUCGGUGCCCGGAGCACACCCUGUGCCACUGUAUGCCUUCUCCAUCAAAGGCUCCUCCUACAGAGAGAGUCACCUAACCCAGCCUGUGACUCCCCCUGCACAGGAGGUCUCCAACACAACCACCCCCCAGAAGAGGAAGUCCUGCCACACCCAGUGCUCCAGGAAGGUCAUUAAGUUGGAGUCUGAGGAGGAGAAUGAGGCAAGAUUGGCCCCAAGCUCCCCGGAGCAGCCCAGACCCAGUACCUCCAAGGCAGUCUCACCUCCCCACCUGGAUGGGCCCCCCAGCCCUGAGAGCCCCAUCAUAGGAAAAGAGGUCCUCCUGCCCAACAACAACCACGUGACUGGCGACACUGGGGAGGCAGAGGAGCGCAUCGUUGUGAUCAGCAGCUCAGAAGACUCAGAUGCUGAGAACUCGUCCUCCCGAGAGCUGGAUGACAGCAGCAGCGAGUCCAGUGACCUCCAGCUGGAGGGCCCCAGCUCCCUCAGGGUCCUGGAUGAGAGCCUCGCCGACCCCCGAGCAGAAGACAGGCCCCUGGUUUUCUUUGACCUCAAGAUUGACAAUGAAACCCAGAAGAUUAGCCAGCUGGCAGCUGUGAACCGGGAGAGCAAGUUCCGUGUGCUCAUCCAGCCGGAGGCCUUCAGCAUCUACUCCAAGGCCGUCUCCCUGGAGGUGGGGCUGCAGCACUUCCUCAGUUUCCUCAGCUCUAUGCGCCGCCCCAUCUUGGCCUGCUAUAAACUAUGGGGGCCCGGACUUCCCAAUUUCUUCCAGGCCCUGGAGGACAUUAACAAGCUGUGGGAAUUCCAGGAGGCCAUCUCGGGCUUCCUGGCUGCUCUGCCCCUCAUCCGGGAGCGUGUGCCCGGGGCCAGGAGCUUCAAACUCAAGAAUCUGGCUAAGACCUACCUAGCGAGAAACAUGAGUGAGCGCAGUGCCCUGGCUGCUGUGCUGGCCAUGCGUGACCUGUGCCGCCUCCUUGAGGUCUCUCCGGGCCCACAGCUGGCCCAGCACGUCUACCCUUUCAACAGCCUGCAAUGCUUCGCCUCCCUGCAGCCUCUGGUUCAGGCAUCCGUCCUGCCCCGGGCUGAAGCCCGCCUCCUGGCCCUGCACAAUGUGAGCUUCCUGGAGCUGCUGACCGCAUACCGCAGUAACCCUCAGCGGGGCUUGAAGAGGUACAGCCGCUACCUGAGCCUGCAGACCACCUCAUCACCCCCUGCCCAGCCUGCUGUCUACCUGCAGGCUCUGAGCACCUACUUGGAAGGUCUGUUGGAGGGCCCGGCCUUGGCACGGGCAGAAGGCAGCUCUACCACUCUCACUGGCCGCAGCUUGGCAGAAAAGGCCCCCCAGCAGAGCUGAAAGGAGGGGAUGACUGGCAUAGGGUCUCUGGUAGGCAGAGAGGGAGGGGGUCCCUGAGCCAGGCCCCGCCCAUCACAGCAUUCCCAGGUCCUAGUACCUAGUAUUCAGUUAUCAUUUGGUCCAGAAUCAGUUCCCUUUCUCGGGGACCAAAUUUCUCCUCUCUAAAAACCCUGCAGAGGCGGCAAAGCACUCAGCCCCUACCGCCAGGCCCCAACCCCCAGGAACCCCAGUCCCCAGGCCUCUCUCUCCAGGAGCCAGAACCAGGGAGGUCCUCAGUGAAGAAGCCAUGACUUCUGGGCUCUCUAAGUGGCCCAUACUGCCCCAACCACCCCACCUUCCUGACCCCCAGCCACUGCUGAUAGUUCCCACAGACAGCCAUCUGUGGUGAGACCGACAGCAACAACAGUAGCCCCGUGGGUACCAAAGUGCCUUUCAAACUAAACCCCUCCUGAAUCUGGGUUCUCCCAGCCUCUGUCUGCCCAGAGAUCAGUUCUCCAUUCACUUCCUUUCAGGAGCAUUUUUGUCCCAAGGGUGCCUCAGAUCAACAGAGAAAGCUAGAAGCCAUUGCUCACCUGCUUGCAGUCUGACCCUUCAAAACGUGCUUCCUUUCUCCCAGCCAUGAAAAUGCCUUCCUUCCAUUGUGACUACACUCUUUGGUCCUCAGACCACCAGACCCCCUCCUCAACAUGGUCCUUCACUUUCCCUGUGCUGCCCCCAGCAGUGUCCCAAGGGAUGUCCCCAUCUUGACCUGAGGCGUUGGCCUCCCCUGAGAACGUCUUAGAAAUGUGGAUCCAUGGGCUCUAUUUCAGGCUUCCAGAAUCAGGAUUUUUGGGUGUGGACCCAGCAAUCUGUUUAAGCAGGUGAUCCUGGUCCAUGCUCAAGUUUGAGAACCACUGCUCUGAUAGACACCUCCCCAAGGGGAAACAGUGUAGAAUGGCUGAGAAAGUCCUGUCCCUGCCCCUGACCCUGUGCAUUGAAUGUGACUAAGAAGAGGUCUCUUCUGGAGCUCCAGUGUCCCCAUCUGUGAAAUGGGCCAAGUGGCCUGCAUGGCCUCAGAGUUCCCAUCCUGCUCUGCCAUCCUGAGUUUUUAGGCAUGGACAGGAGGUCUCUGAGGCAGUGGAUAAGAAGCCCUAGCUUCCAUCCUAAGUCUUUGGCUGCCAACCUCAUGGUCACACCAGAGGUCAGCAGCAGAACAGGAAGUCAGGACCAUCCCCGCUGAUUAGCAGAACUCUUGUGCCUUCCCUAGCCUCCCCCUGUCCCAUUCCUCCUCUGUGGCUCUUGACUCCUAGCAUGCUUUCCAGACAGCCCAGGCCUCUAGUCUCCAUGACUGAUGGACUUUCACACUGGUGGAGUCUGUGUGCCCACUGGGUGGGCUUGAAGACCCACUAAGGCAUUCCAUAGGAACUUGCUCCCAUUAUGCUGGCUCUUAACAGUGAAAAAUGCAUCUAAAAUAAGAUCGCAAUAUUAGCCCAUUAAAGCUUUUUCUGAACAGGCCAGUGGAUGAAGGAGAAGGGAAGCAGGGGCCCCCGCCUGGCCGUUCUGACCCUCUUGGCAAAUGGCAAGGCAGUGCUGGGGCCACUUCUCAUAUUUUGUCCUUAGCCUAGUCCUGGGCUGAGCAGUGCUUAUUGAGGCCCAGUCCCACCAUGUCUGCUGUCUUCAGAUGUGACUGAUGAUAGGCUUUAUAAUAAAGGGACACUCUGUCACAACCUUUAAUAAAGAUAUGAAUCUUGAAAGCCCAAUUGCUCCAAUCACAAACUGCUAAGUCCAUCCCAGAGGAGCCAUUGAGAUACCUCUUCCUUGGGAAGAAGGGGCUCUCCCAGGCAUGGAUGAGCAGACAUUAGCCCAGCACGGCCAUGCCAUGAGGGGGGUCUUUCAGGGAUUGACAGAAUGUGAACCCCCAUUGCAAGUAGGGAAUCCAGGGUAAGUUUGCCUCAGGAUCAUUUCCAAAGGGAAGGGCCAUGUGGAAGGAAAGAGGCAUCAAUUUCAAGAAUUAUCUCCUUCCCCAGUGAGAUGGCACCCACCUUUAAUCCCAGUGAUUCAGGACGCUAAGGCAGGAGGAUCAAGAGUUCAAAACCAGCCUCAGCAAAUUAGCCAGGCCUUAAGCAACUUAGCAAGACCCUGUCUCAAAAAGAGUUGGGGAUGUAGCUCAGUAGUUAAGCAUCCCUGGCUUCAAUCCCUAGUAACACACACACACAAAUGAGGUUUGGGACGAGCAGACAACUGUGGGGCCUUGGGGUCUGAAGGAGCCAAGAAGAGCAGGGGGCCUACCUUGGAGGAUCAGGGCAGUAGGUGGUUCUGUGUUCCUGACACACCAAAUGGGAGAAAACCAGGGACAGAGAAGACCUGUGGCAGCUCAGCCCCAUUUUGCCCCAGGGCCUCCUCUGGGGACUAACAGCUCACUCACAAUUCAGUGAAGUUCACUUAAAAAUCUGCUUAAAUCCUAGUCCCAUCCUUGCUCAUCCUUCCACCUGUACUACACCUAGAUUUUGUCCUGGCCCCUGGUCCCACUGUUCUCCCAUCCUACCCACCCUGCCCUGACCACUCUGUCCACCUCAAAGUCUGACCUUCACUCCACUCCUCCCAGCAGACCCCUAGCUCCUAGAUCCUAGCUCCUCCUUUGGCCUCAGCCUGUCUCCACACCACACUCCCACGUGCAUCUCGCCUUGCUUCACUCCACACAAUUAUGGAACGCCAUAGCUAGUCAGCGUGGAAUCAGAGAGGGUAGGGUACUGUGGACCUAUCCAGCAGAAAAGGAGCAGAACUAGGACUGCUCACAGACUCUGCCAGCAGAGGGCGCUGCAGCCCACUGGUUUGGUAGGAGGCUGCCGCCAGGCAGGGGCGUGAGUGGGAUGCACUGGCGUCCUCAGGCUAAGCUGAAAUAGCUCAGCCUUUCUAGAGUACCAUGCACACUUACAGGGCAAUGGGAGAAAACUAGGUAGUGGGUGCAUGGAAAGCAGUGUCAAAAUGUUAAACAUUUUAUAUUUUAACAUCUUUUUGAAACACUGUAACCAACCUAUCAAAACCAUGAUUUCUGAGAUAUAGUUGCUCAGACGCUAAUGUGGGAUUCUUUCAGGAUCCACUUAGGACAAAUACUAAGUAACUACAAGCUCAGAAGUAGGCACAAGGACAGCAACACUUGUGACAGUAGAAGUGAAUGACCUAAGUUUGGGAAAUUCUGAGUUACCAGUAGAAUUAAGAUGAGGGUUAUGGGAGAGAGUUAGAGUUAAGGUCAGGGCCAAGUUAGAUCAGGGGAAGGAUG